UGUGAGAAAUUGAUAUGACAAGUGAAGAGGAACAACGCCAAGCAAUCUUGGCGCUUGGCAAAUCAUUCGCUCAGUGCACCGAUUUCGAUUUAUGGGGCCAACCAAUUGAAGCUAUGGAUGGCUACAAAAGACUAUCAAAACAACUAGAUGAUUUUGCCAAUGCAGAGUUUCCACUUUUCUCAGAUGAACAAAAGAAAGUCCUGAGGAAGAUAGGCAUCUGUUUGGACCUGAGAUGUAAAGCAUUACAGGCACCUGGCACAGUUAAUGGAAUUCUAUUAGAUGACCUCAAGAGGAUAGGAAAUACAUUAGACAGCAUUUUAAAGCAGAGAUGCCGAGACUUCCCUGUAGAUGUAACAGCAGCACAGCUCCAGGCCCGAACACUUCCCAGCUCACAGAACAGAGUUCAAGAAAGUGAUGAAGUGGAUGAUGAAAAACAGGGAUCUAGAGCGAAAGGAAGCUUGCUGCCGAGACCUCUAGCAUACAGUGGAAUGAAAGUACUGACAGUAAAAAUAGAGAGAAUUGGACUUAAAGAUGCCACUCAGUACAUAGAACCUUAUAUUACUGUGUCAGUGAGAGAUGCAACAGGGACAGAGCUCACAGCUUCACAGGAUACACCAGUAGCCACCAAGAAAGAGAAUAAGAGUAUUGUGUUUAAUGAAGAAGUGCACAUUCAGAAGUCUAUAGAGAGUCUCCCUAAUGGGUUUUCAAUAUUUUUUGAGUUCAAGCAUUUUAAACCAAAGAAAAACAUGAUCAGCACAAAGUGUUGGGCCUUUAUGGAGAAGGAUGAAGUCAAAGAGGGACCAGUAGCAUUAGAAUUAUACCAGAAACCAGCAGAUUACAAAAGGAAAAACAUCAAGCUGUUAACAGUAAAACCAUUGUAUCUCCAUUUAAAAAUUAUUUUUAACACAUAAUACUUUUGAAGUUGGACAGAAGUCAUAUAUCUGCCUUCAAAAAUUAUUUUAAACAGAUUAAAGUUGUGAAGUCAGAUAUAAGCAAUACAUACAUGUACAUGUUUUGGUAAACACAGGAAGGAGUAAGUGCCGUUUUACUCAUGAGUCAGUAUAAAGUGAGGAGUAUAGAGACCUUCAGUGGUUAUUAGCUUCCCAAUCAGUGUCUUUAUAUAAACUUACCUCCUUUGAUAUAAGUCUAUUGUUUGAGUAGAGCUUGAUGAAAACUUGUAAUAAAGUACUCUUGAUUUAAUUUAAGAAAAAUUAAAUUUAUAUAAUUGAAAAUUUGUAACUAUUUCAGUUUCCAAGAGAUAGUGAAAAGGAUGCAUUGUUGAAUAAUUUUGUUAACAAAAAAAGAUUUCUUUCAUAUAGAGCGUGCCUUAAUUAAUCAUAAAUAAGAAGUUUUUGGAAAUAACAGUUAUUAUAAUCUAUUUUCAUCCUAUAAUUUUACACAUAUUAUAUUUAUUGAAACUUUCUGUAUUUUUAUAGUAUUUUAUCAUUAUGUUUGUGUUAACAUUCCAAAGGUUUUACUAACUUACUAUGAAAUAAAAAGAUAGUACAGUAUUAUGUCAGUCAAACCCUAAUUGUAACCCUCACACUCUCCUAUUUAAUAUACAGUCAUGUUAGUGCCUUGUCCAAUGUACCUGAUAUAUUGUGAAUAUGGUUACAGGCUUUUUUUUUUUCAAUUUGUUAGUCUUCGGUAUUUCACAGUUUUAUAAUCUUUCAAAUAAAAAUGAUGAAAGAUGUUACCAUGCAUGAUGAAGAACUCUCAUAUAAAUCCACAAAUGUUAUAGUGUAUGCGUGGUGCUUUAUCAUAAAAUUCUGAUCUUAAUUUACAUGUACUAUAUUGGCUGUAAGAAAUUAUUACAGGUGUGCAGGUGAAAUGUUUUAUAUUAUUAUACAUGCUGCAAUCAGCAUAUAUUUUCUGUCAGAUAGUGAGGUUGUUUUAAAACUGGUAUCCAAUUGUGAGUUUGUUAACUGGUAUCCGUCCGAUGUGUUCAAUUGCUCAAGUAUGAAAUGUCGAUAUAUUGUUUAAUUUUGAGGUGCUUUUUUUACCAAAUGAAUUUUUUGAGAUGAAAGAAACAGCUUUUAUUUCUGUUAUUUAGUGUUCCAUCAGAUUAAUAAUGGAUCAUUUGGGCUUUUUACUGCACUUUGUUAUUGCACAACAGUUUGAUCAUUGUUUUGUUAAUCCUGGACUUUGGAGAGUUUGUAGAUGAUUUUAAAUUUACACAUUUUGUUUUUGAAAACUUGUGUUAUAUCAUCUUUGCUAACCAUAGGUUUUUUCAUCUGCUACUCUCCUCACAAACCUUUGGCCUAUGUUGUUACCAAAAGUCAGGAUUGUUUACGUUACGUGAUCUCAAAUCUUACUACUUGUACUUAGUAACCACAGCUUGUAACAUCGACAAAAAUAAAAAGCGUUCAAAAAAAUUAAGUUUUAAAAAGAAUGCUGGUAAUUAACAAGCAGGUUUCGAGUGUUUAUUUGUUACUUAAGGAGCAUAUGUUUAUUUGCAAUAUAGAUUCCUGAACACAUUAUGUGUAAAUCAGCUCAAAGUUGGAUGACACCAUAUCUGUUUAUAGAGUGGUAUAUCUUACAGAGCAUUGUAUACCUGUGUGUUUUCAUUCCUGAGACUAAAGAGUCAAGAUAUAUCCUGAACAGAGAUAUCCUCAUUUACAAAAUGGCUGAUUGGUCGAACUAUAUCAAUAAACUCCAAUCACAAGUUGAGAAAAAAAAAAAUCCUGACUUUUGAUUGCACCAUAAUCACCAUAUAAAGAAAUGAAGGAAGGAUUUUAUUAUUUAACAAUGUAUUUACAGCUUAUGAAACCUGGUGGAAAAUUCAGUGGAAUGACAAAAAUUAAUGUAUCUGUUUGAUUCACUAAGAAGCUCCUGUUUAUUAAUGAGUAAUGACAACUUAUGCAGUGAAUAUUUACAUUGAAGGAUUUUCAUUGAACAUUUAAUGAUACAUGUAUAAUUAUUAUAAGAUGAAAAUUUUAUUUGAAAUACAUGUACUAGAGAAAUAUAUGGUUUUGCAUAAUAUUGAUAUGUCUGUAUUUGAGAAUACAUGCAAUUACAUAUCCAAGUAAACAUAUAUAAUUAUAUAUAUUUCUUGUGAUUUGUGAUGAAGCAGCUUACCUGUUAUAUAAUACUGCAAAAAUUGAACUUGCAAAAUCUUGAAUACCACCCUUCAUUUACUGAAGGAAGCAGGCAUUCAAAUAAUGUUGUAAAGCAGUUGUUUACCAAAUUAUUAAGAUUUUAAAAAACAAUUUCAAGAGUAUUGAUUUUCUUUGAAAACUUGACAUAGUAUAGAUAAUUUCAGGAAAGCUAGCUAGCCUAGAAACUUUGGAAUAGAGUCUGUUGGACAUCAUGUAACUACAUUUGUGUACUGUUUUUUCUGUCAGUGUAUGGUUAGUGAUUAAUACAUUUAUUUUACAUAUAUGUUGAUAUAUAAUAUUUUUUUUUAGAUCUUAGCAGUGACUCAUUUUUACCAUGUAACAAUAAAGAGGGAGAAAACUCUU